AUGUCUCACGGAAAGCAAUUUACUCUGUACUCUCAUGUUUUUGGCACGAACGGCUGGAAGGUAGCCUUCGUGCUUAACGAGCUCGGUCUCACGUACGAGACGAUUUAUCUCGACUUCAAUAAUAAGGAGCAGAAGGCUCCCGGGCACGUGAAGUACAACCCCAAUGGGCGCAUUCCUACUUUGAUAGAUCACGGCAACAAUGACCUCGUCGUGUGGGAGUCCAACGCGAUCAUCAUUUAUCUCGUCGAAAAGUACGACACGAGCCGCAAGAUUUCCGCAGCCAGUGAGAAUGAGAGGAUAACUCAGCUCCAGUGGCUCUUUUUCCAGGCCUCCGGACAAGGCCCGUACUUUGGCCAGGCCGGAUGGUUCAAAUUGUUCCACCACGAGAAGCUCCCCAGCGCACUCGAAAGGUACCAGAAGGAGAUAAUUCGUGUUCUUGGCGUGCUCGAGAGCGUCUUAACGAAGCAAGAGUGGCUUGUCAGCGGAAAGUACACCAUUGCGGAUCUCUCGUUUGUUGUAUGGAACAACAUGGCAGUGAAACUCUUCGUCGCUGACUUCAACGGCUUCAAUUUCGAGAAGGACUUCCCUGCGGUCUACAAGUGGCACAAUGCCAUUCUUUCCAGGGAGGCCGUGGCUAAGGCGCUUGCAGUAAGAGAGGCUUUGUUGGCUUCUGACUAG